UUUAAGGUCAUGGAGAGUAAAAAUAGCACUUCCGUUUGACCUGGAUGUGUAACCAUAGCAUAGCCUACUCAAUAACUGUUGUUACACUCUAUAAACAUUCAUCUGUGCUUCUGAGAGAGAGGGGGGUUUUCCUGGUACUGGUUCGUUUGGGAUAUGCAUGCCAUGGCUACAACAACAAAGAAGAAGAAGCGACUCAACUAUUCAGAGGAGUCGAUGAUUGCUGCAUGUGACUGUGUCAGCAAAGGGAUGAUGUUAAGAGAGGCUGCAAGGACUCACGGUGUGCCGUACCCUACCUUGAGAGCACGAGUCAAUGGUCGGUCAUCCAUAAGACAGAUUGACAGGACAGUGCUAAGCCGAGAACAAGAGAAUCGGCUUGCUGAGUGGCUGACAGAGUCGUCAAGGCGGGGAUUCAGGCGGACAAAGAAGCAGCUGCUGUCAACUGUCCAGAAAUGCCUGAACUUUAAUGCAGAGACCACCGUCUUCAAGGACAACAUGCCUGGGGAGAAGUGGUACCGUCUGUUUCGUGAGCGUCACAAGAACAAGCUCAGCCAACAGACUCCCCUGGCACUUGGCUCACAGAGGGCUGCUGUCAACGAGUCCAAGAUUCUCACCUGGUUCCAGAAGGCAAAAAAGGACAUCAGUCAGGUAGACCUUACAGUGUUGGAAUGCCCUGAGAGACUCUUCAACUGUGAUGAGUCAGGGUUUCAGCUGGGAGGAGGGGUGAGGAAGGUAUUGGCUGCUACUACAAGAACAGACAAACGAGUCUCCCAGGUGACCAACGACACCCACAAACAGGUAACAGUUCUUGUUUGCGGCAACGCCCUGGGUGAGCUCCAAGCUCCCCUUCUUAUCUUCCCUGGUCAGCGCUUCACCUACAACCCUCUCGAGGGCUUUGAAGAGGCUCAUAUGGCCAAGUCAAGAAAUGGGUGUAUAGACUGUGAGAUUUUGGCCAGGUGGAUGGAGACUGCUUUCUGUCCUGCUGUCGCACAUCUGCAGAAACCUGUCGUACUCUUUGCUGAUGGCAACAGCUUUCACCUGACCCUGGAGAUCCAUGAGAUUUGCCGGUCUCAUGGCGUCAUUCUGUAUCAACUGCCCAGCCUCAACCAUUCCAGCCGCAUCGUUCAACCGCUGGACCUGACGAGCUUUAAAAACCUCAAGCAUGCGUGGUAUGAGGAAGUGAUGAAGUACCAGGAGGACAACUCAGACACGUUGUCAAAGCAACAUUUCGCCAAAGUUUUCAAGAGUGCUUGGGACAGGCGGGGGCAUGAUGGGGAUGUUCUGGUAAAUGGGUUUAGGGCUUCUGGUAUCUUCCCCUGGAACCCUGAUCGCUUUGACAGGACUAAACUGGCACCUCCCAGGAUGUUCCAGACAGUGCAGACAGUCGACUCUACAGUGACAGCAGAGACAAAUGGACCAACAGUGACAGAACCGACAAACGAACCGACGAUAAUAGAAUAUGAGGAUGAAACGACAGUGACUGAGGAGCCAAUAAUUGAAGUGGAGCAGACAGAAAUUAUUAUUGAUCAGACUGAAACAGCUAAAGACACUGACGUUGGACCAUCCGCAGCCUCCCAUGACCAUAACAUGACUGUCCAAACUGCCUUUGACAGACUGCUACACUUGACAGCCCGAGCAGGAAGCAGUGGUCUGGUGCACUACAUGACCUGCUAUGACCUUGACAAGACAACAGACGAGCCAGAGCAGCAGCUUUUUUCAAAGUUGUAUGGCCGUAUACAGACCCAACUGGUGACUGGACUGACUGACACGAACAAAGACAAGACUGCCCACAGACCAACUAUUUUUUACAACCUUCCUCUUCCAGCUCGCUGGGGCAGGAAAAAACGGACGGUCAUUGACCCACCUGAGAUGGUGUCCUCUGACGAGUUUAACAUUUCUGAAGAAAACUUAGAAAAAAAGAGGAGAGAUGAAGAGAAGAAGAAAAAGAAAAGAAAAAAGAUUGACAGAGAAGAAAAGCGAUUGAAAAAUAUAGGAGAAAAAGAAAAAAGACCUAGAGUCUAGAUCUAUAUCUACCUAUGUGGGCCUAUCCUAUAUUCAUUAGGCCCUAGAUAAUCUGUUUUUAUUUAGUUUGAAUUACGGAGUGUCUACAUACACGGUAACUGGGCACCUAGUCUCAGUAUCUACGUACAUGACAUUAUCCUGUACUGUCA